CGGCUACUUCUUGCCCUCAUGCCCGUCUAUCCUCUUUCGCUGCCUCAAGACGGGCCUAUGGCCACCCUCAGUAAAUCAAAGAAUACUGUUUGGGAGAUCGAAUUACACAAUGGUCAAGACAGUCGACUGACACCCACCCUCGUCAAUGCACUCCGAACUCUUCUCGAUCAUGUUGAACUUGACUGGCGCAACCAAUGGCGUGAAGUCCCCGCCAAUGCGAAAGACCGCUCUGCUGCUGCUGGAGCGUUGAUCAUUGUCGGACGCAAAGACCAAGACAAAUUCUUCAGUAACGGUCUUGACCUCAACCACGUACCGUGGAAUGGCAACUUCUUUCCCGUGACCUUCAAUCCCCUGCUUGAACGGCUUCUGACAUUCCCAAUCCCCGUAAUCUGCGCCAUCAAUGGGCAUUGUUUUGCUGGUGGCUUCAUGUUUAGUCUUGCGUGCGACUACCGCGUGAUGACAGAUGGGAGGAAGCGUAAUGCUUGGCUCUGUAUGAACGAGGUUGAUUUCGGCGCCGUCUGGCCCCACAGUUUUGCCGGUGUCUUGAAUGCCAAAGUCGGCAACAAUAACACACGCCGCAAGAUUGCGUUGGAAGGGCAUCGAUUCACUCCCCAAGAGGCGCUUGAUGCUGGCCUAGUCGAUCGUGUUGUGGCCGGGAACACUAGUGCAGUGCUAGCCAGUGCACAAGAGCUGGCUGCGUCGGUCGGUAACAAGGCGUCUUCGGGCGUUUGGGGCUUGAUUAAAAAAGACCUCUAUGCUGAAGCGUUAGAAGCUGCGAGGCGUGAUCCUCGAAUGAGCGGGCCAUUGAUUGAAGACGGCGCUGUCCUGUUGAGAAGCAAGCUAUAA